CAACAAGACGUCCUGCAGUAAGAUCGCCAUGCGUCUCACCGUCCUGCAGCGUGAAGAGGUCGUCCGUGGCAACGCCUGCCGGCUUCCACUCGCUGGGGUGACGAGUCAGGCGGUCAUCCCGCUGCAGGAGGGGAAGAUGCUGCAGUGUCCCGACCUGCAGGAGGUCACCAAGAUGACCGACAGCGAGCCGACCGUCAGCUGGUACCACGAGACCACGAGUUCGCGCUGUGACACGUAUCCCUUCUGGAACACAUACCGUCAGCAGAAAAGAACCGGCCUGCAGUUUCACAUCAUGAUAAUUCAGCACCAAGGUUUAUACUACUGCACGGUCCAGUACCAGAGGAGGGGCAAGACCCUGAGCUUCAGCCGGAGCAUUAACGUCACCGCAGUCUAUCCGUCCAAUGUGUCCAAGGUGCCCACCAUCCUGCACCCAUCCAAAGACCAGGUCUUCAGCGUCAAACAAGACACGGAGGUGCGUCUGGUGUGCAGAGGUCUGUUCCCGUACCUAGAGUCUGGAUGGGACAUCUGGUGGACGGUCGACGGGAAAACGCUGGAUAAACUCCCGGACCAUCAGAGAUUCUCCAAAAUCAACAGUCAGGUGGAUUACGACUACGGGGACCGGACGGAGGAGAGCGUUCUGGUGAUCAAAGACUUCCAGUCUGAAGACCUGAACAGAGAGUUCAACUGCUCGGUGAGGAACGAGAAAGGCUUCAAGACCCGCAGAGCUCAGCUGGAGGAGGAGGUGUCGUUGCCGUCGGUGGAGCUGGGCUGCGGUCUCGGUGUCACCCUGGUCCUCAUGCUGCUCCUCUUCGUGGUCUAUCAGGUCUUCUGGCUCGAGCUGCUGCUGCUCUAUCGCUCGUGGUUCGGCACUGAUGAGCGGCACACAGAUGAUAAGGAGUAUGACAUCUACAUCUCGUAUGCGAGGAACAGCGAGGAGGAGCAGUUUGUUCUGUCCACUCUGAGGAACGUUCUGGAGAAUGACCUCGGAUACACCGUGUGUAUCUUUGACAGAGACAGUCUGCCGGGAGGGACCAUCACAGAUGAGACUCUGAGUUUCGUGGCUCGUAGCAGGCGCGUCCUGGUGGUCGUUAGCCCGGGCUAUGCCUCUCAGGGAUCCCAGGCUCUCCUGGAGUUGAAGGCCGGCAUCGACGGCAUGGCUCGGGGCGGGCACCUGCGGGUGAUCCUGGUCCAGUACAAGCAGGUCCAGAGGCACGUCUGGGUUAGGGAGCUGAAGAGGGCCAGGAUGGCGCUGGCGCUAGUCCAAUGGCAGGGGGACAAGUCAAAGGAGCUGACGUCUCGUUUCUGGAAGAGGCUGAGGGUGGAGUUACCUGUGAGGAGGGUCGGCAGCAGGAAGGAGGGGGGGAGCAGUACGGAGGGGGUCCUGAUGAGGAUGCUCAGUCAGAACAGCACAAACACGCAGUCAGGACUCGUCACCAACACGGUCAAAGAGCCGCACAAAGUCCUCAUCUCUGCAGCGUGACACCAGGUGUUUAGACGUGUUAGAGGAGGUCACAUGACCUAGAGCCAGAGUAACAGGCGGGAAGCAGCUUCCUGUUCCUGUGAAGGGGCUGAUGAUGGCGCUGCAUGGCAUUAAGGAAUUAAAAGAUUUAUAUCCUCACAACCCUGAAUAUUUUCUAAAUUUAAUAAAUAAAUAUCAAAACAGGACUGAAGUUGGAGGUUAGCUAAAAGCUACAUGUUGUUAACCUUGUUUGUAGUCCAAGUGCUCACUGACAGAAGCAUCUUAUAAUGUAAAGUUUUGACAUAUUUAAGAAAUAACUGAACCACCAACUGUCUAACACAAGGUGGCAUGGUUGCAAAUCAUUUCAAUGAAUCAGUGCUUGUUGUGUUCUAGCAACAAAAACAGGACGGAAAGGGUCUUUAGAACUUAUCAGAUCUUUUAUUUUAAUGCUUUGAAACUCCUUCAACUCGUACCUACCUUUGACUUAAGGACCAGGGAGUCUAAAAGAUCUGAGCUGGGAGGAAAUAAAGAUGAUCCAGUCAAGCAGGAGUUUAGAAACCAAAGUACUGAAUGGACAAGUGGAUGUUGAGCUUUUUGUCUGAUUCAGCUGCCGCUCUCCAAAGAAGAACAAAAAAAAA